AUGGUCCACAGCGCCGAAUAUCUCCCAGGACAACCAACCGAUAUUUCUUCUGUCUUACAAGGUGGAUACAACAAUCCACUUCUUAGAGCAUGGCAACAUGAGAGGCAACUCCAGAAAAACAUGUUCAUUUUCCCAUUGUUCAUUUCGGACGAUCCAGAAGAUGAAACCGAUAUUCCGUCCUUACCAAACAUCAAGAGGUUUGGUGUGAAGAAGUUGAUUCCAUACAUCGAUACGUUGGUGAAAAAAGGUCUUAAGUCCGUUAUCUUGUUCGGUGUGUUGCUAGAUCAAGCAUCCAAGGAUGCCGAGGGCUCCCCAGCAGAUGACCCUGAUGGACCAGUCAUUCAGGCCAUCAAGGCGUUGAAAACAAACUUCCCAGACUUGUACGUCAUGUGCGAUGUCUGCCUCUGCGAGUACACCAGCCACGGACAUUGCGGUGUCUUGUACGAAGACGGCUCGAUUAAUACCGAAUUGUCUGUGCGCAGAAUAGCGGCUGUUGCUGUUAACUAUGCCAAGGCGGGUGCGGACUCCAUCGCUCCUUCUGACAUGAUCGAUGGUAGAAUCAAAGCCAUCAAAAGAGGUUUGAUCGAUGCAGGGUUGGCCCACAAAAUUUUCCUGAUGUCGUACGCUGCCAAGUUCAGUGGUUCUCUUUACGGUCCCUUCAGAGACGCCGCCGGCUCAUGUCCUUCGCACGGUGAUAGAAAAUGCUACCAGUUGCCAUCUGGUGGUGCCGGUUUGGCGAGAAGAGCGUUGAUCAGAGAUAUGAACGAAGGUACCGACGGUGUCAUUGUCAAGCCAUCCACCUUCUACUUGGACGUCGUUAAAGAUGCGGCGACCAUAUGCAGCGACUACCCGAUCUGCUGCUACCAUGUCAGUGGUGAAUACGCCAUGUUGCACGCGGCUGCCGAAAAGGGUGUUGUUGAUUUGAAGAGCAUUGCCUUUGAGGCUCACCACGGGUUCUUGAGAGCAGGUGCCAGAUUGAUUAUUUCCUACUUCACGCCAGAGUUCUUGGAGUGGUUGGACGAACCCGUUUCCCUGUAA